UCUGGAGAUCUCGUUCCCCUUACCAUCAUCAAAGGCGCAGGCCAUGAAUACAUUCCCUUUCCCUCUGGAGAAAAUGCCACCGUCGCCGAUUUCCACUCUAUCCGCACAAACACAACAGACACACCCUCCUACCUAACCUCUGGCUUCUACAAGAUCGCCUCUGGAAAACCCUACCCUCUGCACUACACCUGCGAGGAAACCAAAUACGUCAUCAGCGGCCAAAUCGAUGUCCUAGACGAGGCAACAGGCGUCACGCAUCAUUUGGUUGCAGGCGACUUUGCUUUCUUUCAUGUGGGCAGUAAAGUUGUGUUUUCGACCAAGUCGGCGGGAUUCGCGUUUUAUGCUGUUACCAGGGCGGUCAAGGCUGCGCAUCCGAAUUUGGCGGGUAGAGAGGAGGAUGUAACCAAGGCAAAGUCGAAGCUG